AAUGCAAAUAGACUCAUCUUAUUUAUUUCUUUAACGCAGAAAAAUCCCUGAAACAAUCAUGACAUAUUAGCACCACUUUCUUUUAGCUCUCUUGCAUUUUUCAAGAAGAAAAAGAAUCAUCUUUCUGAUAUUUUCAGAACUAAUUAAGCAAGAAUUUUUAAAGGCAAGUCAAUUUCUGUUCCAAGCCAUGGUUUCACUGCAACAGUUGCAGAAAGAAGUAAAUCCACUUCAAAAUUUCUAUAAUUCAGCGACAUAUUCAAAACAAGUCAUCAGCUUCCCUCAACAAGAUAUUCUCACUAACGCCACCUUUCAUUAUAAAGAACUCGCUGCGAAGAAACACAGUGAGGCUGAAAGGAGAAGACGACUCCGAAUCAAUGGCCAGUAUGCUACUCUUCGGACCUUACUACCCAACUUAGUCAAAGUGGACAAGGCAUCUGUGCUAGAAGAGACGAUUAAAAGCGUAAGGGAGCUGCAGAAGACUGUGAAAGAAUUAAAAGCAGGGGGAGGAGAUCGUCGCAAAAAUGAAUUCCCGAAUGAGGUGAAUGAGCUGAACUUAAGCUACUCUAACGAAGAUGGAGGGUUAGUGAAAGCGACAUUGAGUUGCGAGGAUAAGCCGGGAUUAAUGUCAGACAUAGCGAGGGCUGUUAGGUCAGUGAAAGCAAGGGUGUUGAAGGUUGAAAUGGCGACAGUGGGUGGUAGAAUCAAAUGUGAAUUGUUGAUUCAAGGAUUUAAAGGAAACGAAAGCAUGGUAAUGCUGAAGAAAGCCUUAAAAUUAAUCAUAGAUAAGCCUGCUAGCUUGCCAGGAAAUGGUAACAAGCUUUGUUUCUAUAAGUGAUUAUGUUUUCUUUUAUGCUGAAAUCCCCAUAUAUACUUCAGAAUUUGAAACUAGAGCCUCUAACAAAAUUCUGGUAUUAUAGGGAGAUUCUAUAAGAAAAUAUAGCAAACUUCACAAUGGAGUAUGGUAUUAGAGAUCAUUUAAAAGAAUUACAUCUCCAAAAGUUGAAGUUUCAUUAUCAUUAAAAGAUUCAUAUAUGGUUAUACGAAAA